AAAAUACACACGAGAUGCAGUAACUCGUCCUGCUUUUACCUUCAGUGGAUUUGCAAAUGGGAAAAGAGGAAAAACUAGCGGAUGGACACCCUUGGGUGGAAACACAUGUAUUUUCUGAGGAUUCCUUUUCACAAGAAUUCAAAACGAACAGCAGGAAACACAAGGGUCUACUCGAUCAUGUUAAAGAAUACUUCACGUGUAAUUCCAAACGUGCAAAGAAUGCAGCAUUGUCUUUGCUCCCCAUCAUUGGGUGGAUGAAAAUAUACAGAGUUAAACAAUGGCUGCCAAGUGACAUAAUUUCUGGAGUCAGCACAGGACUUGUUGCUGUACUGCAAGGACUUGCAUUCUCCUUGCUGGCUUCAUUACCACCUGGAUAUGGACUAUAUUCUGCAUUUUUUCCUGUAAUAAUCUACUUCUUCUUGGGCACAUCCAGACACCUGUCAGUAGGUCCUUUUCCGGUUCUGAGUCUGAUGGUUGGCAGUGUUGUAGAGAGAUUUGUACCUGAUGGUGACAUGCCUGUCAAUAUUACUGGAUUUGAGGGACUGACCAUGGAUCAACAAAGAGUUAUAGUCGCCUCUUCAAUCACAUUUCUAAUGGGUAUUUUCCAGCUUGGCAUGGGGUUGCUGCAGAUUGGCUUCAUUGUCAUUUACCUGUCUGAUACUAUGGUAUCUGGAUUCACCACUGCUGCUGCAGUUCACAUCCUUGUAUCACAGCUCAAAUUUAUCUUUGGGUUGAAUGUACCAGGCAAAAGUGGAGCAUUCAACAUUUUCUUAACUUUGGAGAAAGUUUUUACACAGAUCCACAAGACAAACAUAGCUGAUUUGUUGACCUCCAUUAUAAUCAUGGUAGUGGUGUAUAUAGUGAAAGAGCUAAAUGACAGAUUCAAGCUACCUUUGCCCAUUCCAAUUGAAAUCAUAAUGACGAUCAUUGCUUGUGGGUGCUCUUAUGGAUUUAAUUUUGAAGAAAGAUAUAAUGUCACUGUGAUUGGACAGAUGGUGGAUGGAUUUGAAGCUCCGUUUGCCCCAAAUGUGGAAGUGAUGAAACAAGGUGCAGUAGAUGCUUUUCCUAUAGCUAUAGUGGGCUUUGCUGUGGCCUUCUCUGUGGCUAAAGUCUAUUCUGUCAAGCAUGACUACAUUAUUGAUGGAAAUCAGGAGCUCAUUGCUUUUGGAGCAAGUAAUAUAUUUGGAGCAUCUUUUCGGUCCUUUGCAGCCAGCACUGCACUGUCCAGGACAGCAGUUCAGGAAAGCACAGGGGGGAAAACACAGAUAGCAGGUCUAAUCUCAGCUGUUAUAGUACUGAUCGUCACAGUUGGAAUAGGAUUCCUGCUUGAGCCACUACCCAGGUCUGUUUUGGGAGCUCUUGUGAUUGUGAACCUCAAAGGCAUGCUGAUGCAGUUCCGAGAGAUUCCAUACUUAUGGAAAAGGGACAAAGCUGAUUUUGUUAUUUGGGUUGUGACGUGUGCAGCCUCCAUUAUUUUGAGCCUAGACCUAGGAUUAGCUGUUGGUCUUGGUGUGGAACUGCUCACAGUUGUCUUCCGUACACAGUUUCCACGUUGCUCUGUACUGGCCAACAUCAUAGGCACUAAUAUCUACAGAGACCACAAGGACUAUACUCCUGUUUAUGAACCAGGUGGAGUUAAAAUAUUUAGAAUCCCCUCACCAAUAUUUUUCGCAAACAUCGAGUUCUUCAGAGACAAACUGGUUCAAGCUGUGGGAUUCAGUCCACUUAGAGUUUUAAGAAAGAGGAACAAGGCACUGCGAAAAAUCCGAAAAAUGAUAAAAAAUGGGGAGUUGCGCAUAUCACCAAGUGGCUUUGAGCUUAUUGGUGACUCAAUUAAUUACAUGUCAGAGGAUGAGAGCAACAUGGAAAGCUUAGAUCAGCCAGUAGACUUCUCAGACCUUCCUAUUCAGGUGAACUGGAGAUCAGAGCUUCCUGCCAACAUCUCUGUUCCUCAAGUGGAUAUCCAUAGUCUCGUCUUGGAUUUUUCAGCUGUCUCCUUUCUUGAUAUCUCAGCACUGAACGGCCUUAAAACGAUAUUAAAGGAGUUUAUUCGAGUUGAUGUGGAAGUCUACAUUGUUUCUUGUGACGUGUACAUCUUGGAGAAACUGCACAGUUGCAUGUUUUUUGACGAGGAAAUCAAGACGUCCAUGUUCUUUCCUGAUAUUCCUAAUGCCAUGCUGCACAUUCUGAAGAAGCACCCAGAUAAUGCAAAGGAAAAGGAGACAUGCUUCAAAACACACGACCAGACUAAUGGAUUAUGUCGACGGAAACAUGAAAAUAAAACUACAAGUUUAUAAACAAUCUAUAUUUAUAUAUUUAAAAAACAGAACACAAUAAUCAUGU